AUGGAGCCUGCAGCUUCAUGUUUCUCUGGAUUCUUCAUGGCCUUUCUUCUCUUACAAAUCACAGUACCCACCCAAGCUACGAGCUUGGAUAUACAGAUUAACAUUCGAGUUCCAGAUGCAGAAGGGAUACUGGUGGAGUGUACCUCAGGAAGUUUGAUUCCACCUGCUGAGAUGACAUGGAGAGACAGCAAGGGGAAUAUAAUUCCACACUCAUCAAAAUUUGAUUCUCAGGAUAGUACUGGAUUAUUGUACUUGAAGAGCAGAAUUCUUCUCAAAAACAGGACACAUGGUCCUGUUACAUGUUCCAUUUACAAUGAAACUACUAAUCAGGAGAAAAAGAAAAGUAUUGUCCUCCCAGAUGUCCUGUUCAAACCAGAGUAUAUGUCAUUGAUAUCCAACAAAACUACAUGUCCUGUAAUAUAUUUGAGCUUUAUACUUGCUCUUCAUUUUCUCAAAGGAAUACUUGUUUGUUAUUUCUUAAGGAAAAAAUGGGGAAGAAAAAGGGAGGGAGAAUUAAAGUUGGUAUAUUCAAAGAGAAUGAGACUCUGUUAUGAGUUUGUCUGUGAAUGUCUACCGCUAGGUUUGUAUAUUGGCUUUCUCCCUCUCUACUUGAUGUUCAGGAGUAGAGCUUCUAUUUUGGAUGAUGCAUAUCCAUUGUAUAGUAGUUGGAUAUGGGACGUAUGCAUAAUCUUGGUUGUAAUGAUGACAUUUUUCACUGUGCUCAUUUUAUUUCUACUUUGUACCUUAAACACCAGAGAACAGGAAUCACAGGAGAUUGAAAUCCGACCCUUACGCCAUAUUCCACAUGACUCCACACAACGAAGGGCACAAUUGGUCCUAGGACGUUACAGAGAGGAAACCAUGCAGCUCCAAGGAAAUUAUGAGGAGGAUAACUUCGGUCAGCACCAAGAAGAUUGUGAAGAGGCUAUCUUCAAUGCUCUUCAGCCUUUAAGACUGGAUUGCAAUCUCAACCGGGAAACUUGA